GUCAGGAAACAGGAAAAAUCUCGGAGAGGGGAGAACUUACAGAGAAGUUAACGCAAAAUGAGCCGAAUUUAUAAUAACACAACAUUGCAGAACAAACCUGUACACAAUGAAAAAAUUGACCGCGCGUUUUCUCCCUCCUCCUAUGAAAGUGGACAAGGGGUUCUUCUAGAGGGAAAGCUGAUGGAUAUUUCCAGACAUUCGAUCAGUGAUGACAGCAGUCAGAAGACUCGUUUCUUUGUAUUGUACAUCAAACCCAGCCGCAUCCAUCAGAGGAAGUUUGAUGCUGCUGGGAAAGAGAUUGAACCAAACUUCAGUGACACCAAAAAGGUUAACACUGGCUUUCUCAUGUCCUCCUACAAGGUGGAAGCUAAAGGAGAGUCAGACCGUCUGUCUGAAGAACAGCUGUCAGCGUUAGUGAACAAACCCGAGCUGGUGAAGAUAACUGACAAAUACCGACCCAGCGGGACUAUGGCCUUCUGGUAUCCAGAGUCAGAGAUGGAGAAGACAGAGCUGGAAACAGGGCAAGAUAUACGUCUGAAGACCAGAGGAAACAGCCCCUUCAUAUUCUCUUUAUCCAAAGUAGAUGGUGGCACGGUGACCAAGUGUAACUUUGCUGGUGAUGAAAAGGCUGGAGCAUCAUGGACAGACAAGAUUAUGGCCAACAAAGGAAACACAGCUGGCACAGAGAAGCCUGGAGAAGGAGAGGGAGCAGAAGAGGAUGAAUGGGAUGAUUGAGAAAAUGGUCCCCUGGAUCAGCCUGAACUCCUGGCCCUGCUCCAGUCUCCAGGUUGAACUGCAUCAGCCUGGUUCCACUCCACCUUCUUUGCCUUUAGAUUGGACUUUUCACAGGGGUGUUUAACCUCUUACAUAUGUGGCCUGCAGGCAAACCUUGUGCAGCAUGGUACCAGACUCUCAUAGACCCAAAGUGAGCCAGGGAUGUUUCUUUGGAACCUGUUUUAUCUCUUGCACUCCUUGGAGUAGUUUCCUACAUUUAUUAGGACUACAGCUUGGACUUUCUCUCUGUCAGCUCUUUAUGUCAAAAAAUGUCCUGUUUUUUUCACCUGUGAAAAAAGCAUCACAGGCUGAAAAUCACACAUGCAGUAAAAUACUCAAAUUUAAAAUGUUUGAAUUAAAUUACACCGGAAAUAAUGCACUUAGAGUUAUCUUUUUAUUUUUUUGUAAAUUUCUAUGAUUUUCACCAAAUAAAAAAAGAAAUACUGGAAAAAAGGACUCACAUUUAACUCAGCAGGUUAAUAUUUUUUUUUAUUAAAAUAACAAUCUACCAAAAUAUGACAGAAAUCUGAUUACAUGAUUAUAACACAUUUGGUAUAAUACACUUGUAGACCUUCUCCCAGUGACAACCAGGGAGCUCUGUCCUUCGACUCUGGCUUGUGCAAAUAAUAAGCUGUGUUCAAGAAAUUGGCAACAUCAAAAUGCUGGUUAAUUUAGCUGUUGCAAUUAACUUGUUUUAGUCACUCUUCACUCCCAUAAACAUCAAGUAAAAGAAGAGUUUACUGCUCAGUAAUAUCAGAGAAAUUAGUUUUUCCUAAUGAACACCAAAUUGACCACAAAGUAAGUUUUUAAAAAUCAUUGUUUUUGUAUGGUUUGUAAUUGUUGGAUUUUUCAUGACAUAUUAAACGAAUACCACAGGGCA